AUGGCCCGAGCCCCUAUCAAAGCUGUCAUGGACAUACCUACCGUGGCUCAACUUUAUCGAGAAUCAGCUCUCCAAAAAGCUACAUCGCCGCCACCCUCUCCUUCUCUCUUCCAACCUUCAACAUCCAUUAACUCUCGCGUCGGCCUCAUCCGCGGCGAUAUUACGAAGCUCCAACUGGAUGCAAUUGUGAAUGCAGCCAACACGACGCUGCUUGGUGGAGGCGGCGUUGACGGGGCCAUCCACCGUGCUGCUGGGCCCGAACUCCUGUACGAAUGCCGUGGAAUCGGGGGUUGCUCUACAGGAGAUGCCCGCCUGACCAAGGGGUACGAGCUGCCUGCGAAGCAUGUCAUACAUACUGUUGGGCCAAUAUACGAUCGCCGUCAUCCACAGACAAGUGAAAACUUGCUAAGGAGCUGCUAUCAGACAAGCUUGGGUCUGGCGGUAUCUUCAGGCAUCAAAACUCUGGCUUUUAGCGCGAUUAGCACCGGUGUUUAUGGUUAUCCUUCCACAGAUGCCGCACGGGUCGCUUGCGAAACCGUGAGAAAGUUUCUAGACGAUGACGGCGGUGCUCUGGACAGAGUAGUGUUUGUUACUUUUGAGCAGAAGGAUGUGAUUGCAUACAAGGAUGCACUUCCCAAGUAUUUCCCCCCAGAAGAGUGA